ACUACUAUUAGCAUUUGUUAUCCCUCUCUCCACAAUUUUACAAUAUUCUUGAUUACCAGAAAUCCAGCUUUGUUUAUCCACUGUGUUAUAUCUGAGACCUAAGAUUUCAUCCUGUGAUUUUUAUUGAAGCCCUUUAAAUCUGGUAUUAUAUCUCCAUCUUUUUCUCCCUUUCUGUUAUUGUGGAUAAUGUGUGUAAAGAUUGAGCCUUUUCUUGCAUUUCUUGAUAUGGUGCUGAGAAUGUGAAUCUGCAUUAUGUAUGUGUCAAUGCAUGUAUCAGUUUCCUAGUUUUAUGUUAUUGUUUGAUUCAAGAAAUGGCUUUCGAACAAAGCGCUGUGCCUGUUGAUCAUCUAAGGCCUUUACACUUGGCUAAAACAGUGGUGGAAGAGCCUCGUAUUGCUCCGGUUACUGCUAUUGGGAAGCAAAUUGAGGAGGGUCUUUAUGUUACCCCUCCGCGUUCUGGAAGCCCUGAUUCCAUUCCUGUUUAUUACCAGCAUGCACCGGUUUCUGAUGCUGCGUAUGUGGGGGUGGGAGGUUAUGGAAAUUCAGUCGCGGUUUCUGAUUCUGGGUAUGUGGGAUUUGGAUAUGGAACUGCAGGGGUGCCUGGUGUUGCUGGGUGGGUGCAACGCAUACCUUCUCCUGGGGCUCCUGGAACUUCAGCUGGGGUUGGUUGUUUUGCUCAUGGUAUUGGGAAUAGAUUUGGUGGUAAUGGUUCUGAUCAGGCUAGUGAUGAGGGAGGGGAUGACUCGAAUUCUGGAAAAAAGGUUAAGUUUUUGUGUAGCUUUGGUGGCAAGAUUCUUCCUAGACCAAGUGAUGGGGCACUGAGGUAUGUUGGUGGCCAGACUAGGAUUAUUAGCGUUAGGAGAGACGUGAGUUUCGAGGAGCUGGUUCAGAAGCUGGCGGAUGCCUAUGGCCAAACUGUGGCUAUUAAGUACCAGCUUCCAGAGGAAGAUCUCGAUGCACUUGUUUCAGUUUCGUCUCCUGAUGACUUGGAACAUUUGAUGGAUGAAUAUGAAAAGCUGCUCGAGAGGUGUUUGGAUGGAUCCCCCAAGUUAAGGAUGUUUCUGUCUUCAACUUCUGAGUUGGACUCUCCUGAUGGUGUCCAGAUGGGUGAAUUCGAAGAUAAUGGACAGAGAUAUGUUGAAGCUGUAAACGGUGCUGUUGAACGAACUGGCCCCGGCAUUGUUAGAAAAGAGAGUAUAUUGAGUGUUACUUCUACACAGAAUUCGGAUAUGAGUGGUAAUGAGGCUGUCGAAACCACUUGUCAGGCCCACGCGGAUGUUACUCGUGCACCAUCUACUGGGGAGCUGUCUCCUAGAAGUAAUUCUGCAGCCUCUCAAGAAUCUGUUCCCAGAUUAGUUUGUUUUGAUCCCAACCCUGCAAUUUACCUCGAAACUUCUGCUACUCCAUCAGGUAUUCAGAUGGUUAGAUCUCAUACCCCUGCAACAUCAGUGCAGCCAGUUACUAUAGUUCAGCCACAGCCACAGCCACCACAACAGAUGAACUUUGAAAUGCAGCAACAGAAGCAAAUGGGGUGUUCAGGACCAGCAGUUCCCUUGCAGACUUAUAUGGAUCCUCAACAAGAAGCUGUAAACCAUACUGAUUAUGUGCAGUAUUCGUCCCAAAUGGGUUUUCCUACGCGGCUCAUGGGGAACGUUGGACCUCUGUAUGCUCAACAACAAUACCGGGAUAAUGCUGUUAAUGUUUCACCUCAUCAAUAUAUCACCACAACAACCCCUUCCUCUUAUGCCAAUAUCAAGCCAACUACAGUUCAACCCCAGCAUGUUCGUUAUCUGGACGAGAACACAUAUGGGCAGAGGGUUGUCCAAUUCUCUGGUGACCAGGGCUACAAUACUUAUCAUACACAAGUUUCCCCGCAAAUGACAAGUGGAUAUGGAUGGCAGCAGGCUCCGCAACUUGAGCCAGUUACCAUGUCUGAGACAUGGGUAACUCAUCCGCAGAUGGUGUACCCUGAGAAACUGCCUAGAUAUCAUGAUUGUUAUAUGUGUCAGAAGGCUUUGCCUCAUGCACAUUCUGAUACAGUUGCACAUUCUAGAAAUGAUAGUCCAACAUCAAGCACAAAUGAGCUCAACUCUUAUCUGAGUCUCCAGUCGGAGGACUCUACAAGAUAUCGACCUAUAAAUAAGGGCAUUGUAAAUGGACCAAUAGGCGUCGACAGACAGUAUGGAAAUGAUAUUGUUUUGCAGAGAGAAGUCAGUAAUGACAUUCCUCAAACAUCGAUUCCUCAGGGUGUAUCUGUCAUGGCAGGGGGUGUACAGUCUCCUUAUGGUGUAAUCACGGGAAUUGUUCCACAGUAUUCCCAAGAAAAUGCUGUUCAGAAGCCUGUGGUACAAGCACAUUACCAAAUUAAACAAGAGGCUUUGAUAAACAAAGCAGUUGUCGUGGAUGAUACUUCUACUGGGGAUACAUCUUCACAAAAUUCAGAUUUUCAUGAAUCUCCUCAAUCUUGUUAUGGCAUUAGUCCUGGAUAUAUUCCCAGAGAAAGUACAGUUGAGUCCUCUCUUGUAUAUGAUCAAAUCAGACAAUCAGACGGUAGAACAGAAAAAUUUAUUGUACGGUCCCCAGAACAAUUUGUCAAGAAUGAGCUGGGAGUGCCAGCAGUUGAUGUGUCCAGAAAGAAAGAUAUUGUGGAACAUAGAACACAACUUAUAACUACUACGGAUCCAUAUGGAGAUAAGGCCUAUAGCAAGGCCAAGUUGGUUUUUGAGACUAAUCGCUGCAAGCAGAAUGAGACGCUGUCUUGUCCAUCAAAUGAAGUUCCUUACUCCCACAACUUUCAGCCGACUAAUUCACCACGUGAAGUAACUCAGUCUGUUUUAGUUAAUGCUGGUCAUCCUCAAUCAAGGCUCGUGGUCAACCAAUUAAGUCCAGAUGGUGCUGCGUGUGGUAAUACUAGUACAGUGCCUAUUGUUGAAUCACCUCAGCAAAGUGAAAGAACUGCACUGAUUGGUGAGUGGAAUGAAAGUCCUUCACGAAUGAAGUCAAACCUGGCUUGUAUAAAUGUGGAGCCAGUUCAUACUGAGAACAAUACGCCAUCUUCAUCGUUAUCUCCCUCUAGUAGGUCUGGAGAUACGGAGGAUAGCUCAAACUCUCUUUUCAGCAGUCAGGAUCCUUGGUAUUUGCGACAUGAUGUUCAGCUCCGAGCCCCUAAACCGAACAGGUUCCUGACCAAAAAAGAAGCUUACUUGGGUGACCAGCAAUAUGGAAGUACUGGUGAACUAUCUACAAGGAAAAUUGGCAGUUCAACUUUAAAACCAGAUGACAGAGUCAUCCAUCGAUCUGUCAAAUCGGACACUGAGAACUCUGCUUGGAGUAACAGAGGUUCGACAGAGGAACAUAGUAAGCAGGAGGGAAAUGGUUCCGCUGCUCCAGUUCUUCGUCCUUCCCUAUCCUCUAACAAUAACUUGUCUAGUCAAGGGAGUGGAUCAGCUUCAGGAUCCAAUCAUAGCAGUGGAGCUCAGUACAGUGGUGUUGAAGUGCACCAUACAGAUACAGAUGAGGGCAACAAAUCCAAGCUGCCAGAAAGAGCGAAUCUAGGAUUUCCCAUGUCAGAUGGUAUGGGUCGCCUGCAGAUUAUAAAAAAUAGUGACCUUGAAGAGCUCCGAGAAUUGGGUUCUGGCACCUUUGGUACAGUUUACCAUGGAAACUGGAGGGGGUCUGAGGUUGCAAUCAAACGGAUCAGUAAUAGAUGUUUUGCUGGAAAACCUUCAGAACAACAACGCAUGAGAGAUGACUUCUGGAAUGAGGCAAUUAACCUUGCUGACUUGCAUCAUCCAAAUGUGGUUGCAUUCUACGGUGUUGUGCUUGACGGCCCUGGAGAUUCUGUGGCAACUGUGACAGAAUAUAUGGUCAAUGGUUCUUUAAGAACUGCUCUCCAGAAGAAUGAGAAGAGCCUUGAUAAACGCAAGCGUCUUUUGAUUGCCAUGGAUGUGGCAUUUGGAAUGGAGUACUUGCACGGGAAAAACAUAGUACACUUUGACUUAAAAAGUGACAAUCUACUUGUCAAUCUUCGUGAUCCACAUCGUCCAAUAUGCAAGGUUGGUGAUUUAGGUCUAUCUAAGGUCAAAUGCCAGACACUGAUCUCAGGUGGCGUACGGGGAACACUUCCUUGGAUGGCACCAGAACUUUUAAAUGGCAGCAGUAGCCUCGUUUCUGAGAAGGUUGAUGUUUUUUCAUUUGGCGUUGUGUUAUGGGAACUCCUUACUGGAGAUGAACCAUAUGCAGACCUACAUUACGGGGCGAUUAUUGGUGGAAUAGUGAGCAACACAUUGCGACCCCCAAUACCAGAUUACUGUGAUCCCGAAUGGAAGUCACUAAUGGAGAGAUGUUGGUCGACAGAACCUCUUGAAAGACCAAAAUUCAGUGAGGUAGCAAACCAGUUGCGUAGUCUAGCAGCCAAGGUUCCGCCAAAAGUGCACUUGCAUCGUUAAGUUGAGGUUCUUUCUCUUGUUGCCGGUAUUUUUGCAGUCUGUAUAGGGUUGUAACGUAAAAUGUAUAUAAAUUUAAAGUUAGCAAUGGAAAAUUUCUUUUUUCAGUGCC